CAGAACAAAAAGUCGCGCAGCCUCUGGCCUAACCUAUCCGCGCGCAGCCUUUUCUUUCCGGGCUUCAGUGAGCCCUUCCUCCCGGUGGGUCCCCCGUGUAGCUGCGAUGUAGUUCUUAUCAAAGCCCUCCUGUCUUGUUGUGACAGCUCUGAUAUUGUUUAUUGAGGUGGAUGUCAGCUUUAAUUAGCAAUCGAUACGGGGAGCGUUUGCAGAGCGCGCCUCUGACGUCAGAGCCCAUUACCGCUUCUCAUUGGGCCUCAUAUUCCCCGAGCCUGGGCUAAUUAUUGGGAGGUUCAUGUGGAUAAAGUAGAGCUCAUCCCUCCCUUCACAUCAUGUCCCCUGCUUGUUGGCCACACUCGCUGCAUGCUUUUUAAAUUGCCAUCACCGGCCUCAAGACGUCGUUUCCUUCUGCCUGCGGGAUGAUGGAUAGCAGGAUACUGGAUCCACCUCACGCCCAGUUCGGAGGCUCUCUCGGUGGGAUGGUGGGCUUCCCGUACCAUCUGAGCCACCAUCACGUUUACGAAUUAGCCGGGCAUCAACUUCAAUCUGCGUCCGCGGUCCCUUUCUCAAUAGACGGAUUACUUAAUGGCUCCUGCACGGCUUCGGUUGGUAAUUCCAACCCCCUCUUGUCUUCGGGCUGCGGGAUGAAUGGAGAUAAUCAGCACUACAAACUGACAGACUCGGGGGACCCAGACAAAGAUAGUCCUGGUUGCAAGAGACGGAGGACUCGCACUAAUUUCACUGGCUGGCAGCUGGAGGAAUUAGAAAAGGCUUUUAAUGAGAGCCACUAUCCGGACGUGUUCAUGAGGGAGGCUCUGGCUCUACGGCUGGACCUGAUAGAGUCCAGGGUUCAGGUGUGGUUCCAAAAUCGCAGAGCCAAGUGGAGGAAAAAGGAGAACACAAAGAAAGGUCCGGGUCGACCUGCCCAUAACGCCCACCCCACCACGUGCAGCGGGGAGCCCAUGGACCCGGAGGAGAUCGCGCGGAGAGAGCUGGACCGGCAAGAGAAGAAGAAACGCAAACAGGAGCGCCGGCUGCUCAAGUCCCAGAACAAGCUGCUGGCCGGGGAUUUAUUUCACACCCCGGGGUCGGACAGCGACAGCGGGGUGUCGCACGUGACGGACAGUGACCACAACACUAUCCCGCCUUUUGACCCUAUGGGGGGAAACCAAACGCCAUCGAGCUGCGACCAAACACCUCACUCUCUCCAAACGCAGAGCCACAACCAAAGACUCUUGGACCAGGAUGCUGGCGGGUCCGAGCUGGACUCGGCCGAAGCCUGCCACCGGGCCAGCCUGUGCGCCAACAGCAGCAACCACAACAGGGCCUCAGGAGGGCAAAAACUCAACCCCUUCAGUGUGGAAAGCCUGCUUUCGGACGCAAGACCGAGACGUAACCUCGCGGCCUUACCCUCCUCACGGCCUUUGAUAGGGAAGGGACACUUCCUCCUCUAUCCCAUCACGCAGCCGCUUGGAUUCAUUGUUCCUCAAACUGCCCUGAAGACAGCAACUACAACCACGAACAGUGACAGUGACCCCCAAGGGGAGAGAAACCAGUCCAGUGCGCGCUGCAGCGUCUCUGCGGGAUGUAGGAGCAGCUCGCCGGACUCAGCGGACGCAGCGCAAAGGGGACAGGUGGGGUCAGAGGACAAGACGCGUUCUUCACCAUCAUCAUCAUUAUCACCGCACACCAGCCCGUCCACGCCUGCCUUUCCCCCUGGCAAAAGUACUCACAACUCUGUUAUUUGCAGCGAUUCGACUUUCGCCCACAAACACAGUCCACAACACAUUACGCCUGUCGAUGCAGACAGAAAAGAGCAUUUAGAGAACCUGGACCACCAGCCUGUCGACCCCGAGUGUGUCCUCAGUGACAGUCCGGCAGAGACAAAGACAGACUCUAGAGAAGACUUGGAAUAAAUCAAUGGGGGUAAAGAGAAACCACAGAAAAUACUGUCAUAGCCUCUAAACAACACCUGUCAUUAGGCCAAAGCUUCAUCUUAAACUCUAAAAUCUAGGUUUCCCCUCUGAUGAUUUUUUUUGACAAUGGUGUGCGCUCUCUCUCUCUCUUUCUCUCUCCGCAUCCUCUCUCUCUCUCUCU